CUGUAUAGUUUUCAAUAUUUACAGAAAUACUCCCCCAAUUUUACCUGUUUUCUCUUUCCAAUUUACUUCACAGAUUGCUGUUUCUCUCUCUCUCUCUCUCUCUCUCUCUCUUUCUCUGCCCACAAAAAUGGUUAGUCUAAGGGCAACUGCCAAAGGCUUUCUCCAGAUAAUUUCACACUCAAAACCUAACACCCCAUUGUUCUUCUCCACAAAUAGCGCUUCCAGUUCCAGGCUCUUCGUCAAAGGUAUAUCUUUCUCCAGCACAACAGAGUCAUUGACAGAAGCAUUUUCAAAAUUUGGUGAAAUUGUAGAAGUUAACAUAAUAAAGGAUAAAGCUAUGGAUAGACCAAAAGGUUAUGCUUAUGUGACCUUUGCUACUGAGAAUGAAGCCAAAAAGGCCUUGACAGAGAUGAACGGAAAGGUGAUAGAUGGACGUCCUGUUUUUGUAGACAAUGUAUCGUCAAGGAGCAUAGGAAGACUGAGGCAGCCAUAGUUGAUAUUAGGUUCUUUGAAACAUGAAAUGUUUUCUGAUGCAGAGAAAGAUUGGUGCCAUCAAUUCGGUUUAGAGGAAUACUAUCGUAUGCACCUCUUCUAUUCUGUUGUGAAUGUGAUGAGGGACAGACCAGCGAGGGCAGACCUUCUUCUCACACACAAACAAACAAGCACCUUUUCUCCUCUGUACUAAUACUGCAAAAUGGUUGAAUAAUUUGUUUUUCUAGCCAACAUAAGCAUCCAACAUUUCUUUUA